GCCGGGAGGUUCCGGGUUCCCUGGGCUACUACGAUGGCGAUGAGUUUCGAGUGGCCGUGGCAGUAUCGCUUCCCGCCCUUCUUUACGUUACAGCCGAACGUGGACACUCGGCAGAAGCAACUGGCCGCCUGGUGCUCGCUGGUCCUGUCUUUCUGCCGCCUGCACAAACAGUCCAGUAUGACGGUGAUGGAAGCUCAGGAGAGCCCGCUCUUCAACAACGUCAAGCUACAGCGGAAGCUCCCAGUGGAAUCAAUUCAGAUCGUGUUAGAGGAACUGAGGAAGAAAGGGAACCUUGAGUGGUUGGAUAAGAACAAAUCUAGCUUCCUGAUCAUGUGGCGGAGGCCAGAAGAAUGGGGGAAGCUCAUCUAUCAGUGGGUUUCAAAAAGUGGCCAAAACAACUCGGUGUUCACCUUGUAUGAGCUGACCAAUGGGGAAGACACAGAGGAUGAGGAAUUCCAUGGGCUGGACGAGACAACUCUAUUGCGGGCCCUGCAGGCCCUCCAGCAGGAGCACAAGGCUGAGAUCAUCACCGUCAGCGAUGGCCGAGGUGUCAAGUUCUUUUAGCAGAGACCUGCCUCCUUUUGCUUCUUACCUCCCACCCUUCCAGGGCUUUCAAAAGGAGACAGACCCAGUGUCCCCACAGACUGGGUCUGUGACGACUCCAGACUCAAAAGGGCUCCAGUCCUGAAGGCUGGGAUGCAGGGAUGGAUUUCCCAUUAACCCUAUACAUCUGUCCCUGGGAUAGGAUGAAGCUGAGGCACCAGGGAGCAAAGAUGUGCUGCUUCUUGCCCUACCUCCUCUCCCAUCCUAGACUAUCCCUGAGCCAGGGUCUGUAAACCUCACUUGACAUGUGUUCACACACAUACACGCGCCUGCACAAGCUUCUGUCUCCUCCCUCUUCCACUCCCUCAGCUGCUGUUGCCUCCCCUUUCAGGCUGGUGCUGGAUCCUUCCUAGGGAGUGGGGGAAGCCGGGGCUGCAGGCAGCCUUCCAGGCAAUAUCAAGAUAGGAGGCCCAAGAAGGGGCCUGGCAAUGAGAGGCAGGCUGGACACUGGUUUAUGAUAUUAAAAAUCUCAAUUCCC